GAUGGCUGCAGAGGCGCGCGGAGAAACAACAGAAGGAGAUGCUUCAUUUGGUGAUCUGACUACAAAUAUGGAGGCGGAGUCUUCCAGUGGGAAAGAGACUAUGGACAUGGCAGGUGACAGUUCAGAGGCGGCUGACGCUCAGAUGGGAUCUGGAGACGACGAGAACGGCCGUCAGCUGGGUGAAUUUGAGCUGCAGUGUGCGCUGUGCAUGAAGUGGUUUACAGCCGACACUUUCAGCAUUGACACGGCAACUUGCCUCCCAUUCAUGACCAACUAUGUGUUCCACUGCAAUGUCUGCCACCACAGUGGAAACACUUACUUUCUGAGAAAACAAGCUAAUCUCAAGGAAAUGUGUCUCACCGCUUUGGCAAAUCUGACAUGGAGAUCCAGAACUCAAGAUGAGCAUCCCAAAACAAUGUUCUCCAAAGACAAGGACAUCAUACCGUUCAUUGACAAAUAUUGGGAGUGUAUGACGACCCGCCAAAGACCUGGCAAACUGACCUGGCCAAAUAACAUUGUGAAGACAAUGUGUAAAGAGCGGGAUGUUUUCCUGGUGAAAGAGCAUCCAGAUCCUGGCAGCAAAGACCCCGAAGAGGACUAUCCCAAAUUUGGUUUGCUUGAUCAGUAUCUGGGCAAUAUUGGACCAUCAUAUGACAACCAAAAGCAAAUGACAACAAUCACCGGUUCUGGAGGGUUGAAUGGUGGAGCAACUUUUUCAGGUGGACUUCCUCCAGCUACUUCUGGUAAAGGCAGAGGAGCCAAACGCAAACAACAGCAACAACAUCAACAGGACGGAGCUGCUGCUGGAACAGCCAAGAGAACACGCAGUGACCCACUGUUUUCCGCUCAACGUCUGCCGCCUCACGGAUAUCCACUUGAGCAUCCCUUCAAUAAAGACGGUUAUCGUUAUAUCCUAGCAGAGCCGGAUCCCCACGCUCCCGACCCAGAGAAACUAGAGCUGGACUGCUGGGCCGGAAAGCCCAUUCCUGGAGAUCUGUACAGAGCCUGUCUGUAUGAGAGAGUGCUGCUGGCACUGCAUGAUAGAGCUCCGCAGCUAAAGAUAUCAGAUGACCGCUUGACUGUGACCGGUGAGAAGGGCUACUCGAUGGUCAGAGCGUCUCAUGGGGUCAGGAAGGGGGCGUGGUACUUUGAGGUCACCGUAGACGAAAUGCCACCGGACACUGCGGCUCGACUGGGCUGGUCACAACCACUAGGUAACCUUCAAGCUCCUCUGGGUUACGAUAAGUUCAGCUACUCCUGGCGCAGUAAGAAAGGAACUCGCUUCCAUCAGUCUAUAGGAAAGCAUUAUUCUGAUGGAUACGGACAGGGCGACAUUCUGGGCUUCUAUAUUGAGCUGCCCGACGGCACCGAAACCGCCAAAGCCCUGCCAGAUACCUACAAGGACAAAGCGCUGAUCAAAUUCAAAAGCUACCUGUACUUUGAAGAGAAAGAUUACGUGGACAAAGCCGAGAAGAGUUUGAAACCAACCAGUAUCAGCCGAAUGAUAUUUUUCAAGAAUGGAGUGAAUCAAGGAUUGGCCUAUGAGAAUCUGUUCGAGGGCAUGUAUUACCCCGCCAUAUCCCUCUACAAGAGCUGUACGGUGUCUGUUAAUUUUGGACCACACUUUAAAUAUCCUCCAAAAGACGUCAAGUUUCAGCCAAUGAGUGACAUGGGAUGGGGCGCUGUCACUGAACACACACUGGCAGACAUUCUGUACCACGUCGAAACCGAUGUAGACGGCCGACGCAGCCCCCCAUGGGAGGGUUAAACCGAACCAUCAUCUGAGAACACAGACUGUCUUACAAGGAUGCCAAAUUAAUUUCCCAUAAGGGUUGAGUAUGCAACUGCUCAUAAACGCUCGUGACAACAGUUCAAUAGUGCUUUACAUGUGACUCGCAACCUUUUCGGUCAUUUACUUGCAUCUUUUAAUCCCACACACACACUCUACCAUACAGGUAUUAAUACUGCAGCUGAACUUGAUGUAAACGGCUAGAAUAUGAUGUGAAUGCGCUUUUGAAUGGUGUAUUUGUAUGCAAGUAGGGUUGAUGUUGUGUUUUAGGUUACCCAUUACAUUUCCUCGUACUGCAGUUUUAUCUUGGGGAUCGGUCAUGCUAGUUAAUGUCCUGAAUCUCACACAAAACCGGCCAAGAACAUGUCUAGGUCCGAAAUCAAAAAUGAUAUUUAGCUUUGAUGUAAAUGAAGCCUAUUUUUAGGACUUUUUUUUUUAUUUUUAUUUUUUUAACAUUAUUUUCAUCUCAUAUAUUUCAUCAAAAAUCUCAUAACUGUAAUGCAAAAGUUUAAAUUGUAGUAUUUAUACGUGAUGGUAGUAUUUGCUGUACUGCCUUUGUUGAUUUUAGUAAUACAAAUAACACUAUUGGAGUAAUGAAAAUCAUGAAUGGAGAAUUAUUAAGGGGGUGAAAACAUGCUUGAUUGUCAUGACAAGAAAUUCCCAAUGCAAAAAAAAAGAGGUCUUAAGACCUUAAUAGUCCUAAAAACAGACUUAAUGUUCUUUACGCAAAUUAUUAUUUCUUUCUUUAGAUUUUGGGGGCCCUUCCAGUCUUGCGAUGGUUAGUUUUGUGUGGCAUUUUAGUUCAUCCUUUGCUAAUCUAAACUGCUCAAUUCCUGUUUUGGUUAACUGUACUUUAAACUGUGUACGUCUGAAUUAAUUCAGUUGUUUGAGAAGUGUGUGUCUGACCUGACAGUGUUCUCAGACAUCAUUUUUAUCCAGUGUUCAUUUGUUAAUUGGUUUGCAUUAUUUGAUUAGAUGUAAAAUAUGAUUUGUUCCCCCCUUAAACCAUGUUUGAUACAUAAACUUGUUUUAAUAAAGUUAAAC